UGAAAAAUAUAAAAAAUGUGUGAACGAAGUGAUACAGAGAAUAUAAUUUAUAAUGGCUUGGAAAAAUAUUUUGGAUUUAAGGAGUUCAAAUCUGAUUUGCAAAAAAAUGCGGUGAAAUGUGCUGUCAGGGGAACUCGUGAUGUUUACGUUAGUAUGCCCACUGGUUCGGGUAAAUCUCUAUGUUUUCAGUUACCCGGCCUGCUAUCAGAAAAAAUAACUAUUGUCUUCUCUCCUUUGCUGGCUUUAAUAAAGGACCAAAUCGACCAUUUGUCGAAAAUAAAAGUGCGUGCGGAUUCGUUGAAUUCAAAAAUGACACAAAAAGAGCGCGACACAGUAAUAAGUGACUUGAAGGCGAUAAAACCAAAUAUAAGAUUUCUUUACAUCACACCGGAACAGGCAGCUACUCAAAGUUUUCAGGAUUUGCUGGCUAGUUUAGUGAAAUACAAUAAAAUAGGUUAUUUUGCAGUAGAUGAAGCACACUGUGUCUCGCAAUGGGGACACGAUUUUAGACCAGACUACCUACGUUUGGGCAAACUUAGAGACACUUAUAAAAACAUUGUGUGGAUUGCAUUGACAGCGACUGCUUCGAAGUAUGUGCAAAAUGAUAUUUUCAAGCAAUUGCAAAUGCGUCAGCCUAUAUCAAAAUUUACCACACCAAGUUUUAGAAAUAAUUUAUUUUACGAUGUAGUAUUUAAGAAUUCCAUUGAAGAUGACUUUGAACAUUUAGCACAUUUUGCGGCAUAUUGCUUUGGUAACGAAGAAGACUUCAAAAAAGCACCGCCACCUAAACGUGGCUGCGGUAUUAUAUAUUGCCGUACCCGUGAAAAUGUAGAGAGAGUAGCUGUCGGUGUAUCACGUCAAGGAAUUGGUGCCAUAGCCUAUCAUGCUGGACUAAAAGCUGCAGAACGCAUUGAAGUACAAGAGAAAUGGAUGCGGGGUGAAUAUCCUAUAAUAUGUGCAACUAAUAGUUUUGGUAUGGGUGUAGAUAAACCAAGCGUUCGUUUUGUUAUACACUGGGACGUACCACAAAAUGUGGCUGCUUACUAUCAAGAAUCUGGACGUGCGGGACGUGAUGGUUUACAAUCGUAUUGCCGUCUAUACUAUGGCAGAGAUGAUGUUAAGUCAAUUAAAUUUUUACUUCAAGCUGAUAUUAAUCGAGCAAAAGGAUCAACUUGUUCAAGCAAAUUGGAGCAAGCAAAGCGUGCCAUGACAAACUUUGAUGAUAUUGUUUCUUUUUGUGAAAUGAUACAAUGUCGACAUAAACUAUUUUCGGAUUAUUUUGGAGAUCCACCACCAGAUUGUGGCAAACAAUGCGAUGUAUGCAAAAAUCCCAAGAAAAUUGAAACUGCAUUACAAACUUUUCAAAAGCUUUGUAUGGAUGCAGUUUUUAAGUCUAGUGUUUCACUUCAAGAUAGUAGUGAUCUUUACGAAGGUGGUCGUGUUGGUAUGAAACGUGCAGCUGAAGAUUACAACGAUGAAGAUGAUGGUAGUGAUGAUGCCGGUGUUAGUCACACAUUGUUAAAUAAAAAGGCUAAACGAGAAGCUCAAGAUUUUAUACGUAAACAAUUCGAGUUGCGUAAAAAACUAAACGCCGCAAAAGAAUUAGAACAGGAAAAUGAGUCACAAAUAACCCGUGUUAAAAUGGCUCAAGCAACAUCCACAAAAGUUACUGGGUUAAAAAUUUCCAUGCGUGAAACCUAUUUAACAGCUGUUGUUGAUGCGUUAAAGUUAAAUGUAGAGAAAUGUACCGAAGAUACUCCACGUAUUGCCUUGAAUCAACGCGACUAUGAAAGCAUGGCUGUGGAUAUAGAAUAUGAUUGCUUUUGCAAUAAUAAAGUUUGUAAUAUGUACAAACUCGCGGUAGCAAAACAGCUUUCAGGUAUACGUCAUCAAACAAACAAAAAUCAGCUAUUGCCUCUAUUGAAAGAUUAUGCACCAAAACCAGAAACUUCGAGAAGAACGGGUUCACAGAAUGGUGGUAGUGUAGAAUAUUUUCAACGCAAACUUAAAGAAUUGGAGAGUAGUAGACCGCAAUCACCAAUAACAAGCGAUGUGACCUCCAGUAAGGAUUUACCAAAAGCUCUUAAGCAAAGGAAAAGUUACAAACAAGAUAAUUCUAUACAAACAAAAAUCGGAAGUUUUUUUGAAAAGAAAGUUAUUAAAGAAGAGUCAGACAUUGAUUGUUCUUCCAUUAGCAGUGAAGAGAGAUUAAUUAUGGAUGAAAAUAGAAUAGACAACAGUGAAAUUAAAAAUGAGACGAUAAAGACGACUCCCACUGAAACCUCUGAAGUAGCUACUGAGGAAUUGAAUGAAAAUUCAGAAUUUAUUAAGUCCAAAAAUAUAUUAGAAAUGGAUUAUAAAAAAUUUGAAGAGAUCAUAAAAGACCAUAUUCAUACUUUGGAUGACAAUAUAUUGGAUCAAGAAAAACCAAAGGAAGACAAUUACAAGGUAGAUGAAGAUAAAAGAAGUGAUAAUAAAAAAGAUAAAAACUUUAUAAAGGAAGAAAGAAACACCACAAAAGAAUUAAUGAUAAACAAUGAAGACCAAAAAAAGCAGAAGUUACAAAAUGAAAGCAAUACUGAAAAGCAAAAUAAAGUUAAAAUUGAAAAAGACACUGUAAAACCCCCAAGCAGCCAAAAAGAUAAGAUCCCGACCAAGCAUUUACAUAAAGAUAUUACUUCAAAAAGUGUUAACGUUAAAUCUCAUUCAGAAAAUCCUGAUAAAAAUGUUAAGAAAUAUAAAUCUGCACAUAAGAAGGAUAUUGAUAUGGAAAAAAAUAUUAAAAGAGACAUAGAGCAAAAAAAUAAACUCAGAGAACAACAGAAACUAAAAGAAAUAAAAGCGCAAGUAGGCAAAGAAAUUGUUGAUUUUUUGAAUCCUUACUAUAAACGGAAGAUAAGUGAUAAGGAUGUGUUUAAACUUUUAGCUAAGCGCUUAUCAAACCAUAUCGUUGACGGUAAAUCAUCCCUAUCAAAAAUCAAGGAACUUAUAAAACAAACUUUUCAAAAUCUGGAGACCAUUGCAACCGUACAGGAUGUUGAUAAAUAUUUUAAAAUAUAAUUUUUAUUUCUUUUA